GCGAGUUAGAAUCCAAAAUGCCUGUGGUUACAUCGACCACUGCAGAAGAAAAUGAUGACCAGAAGAUGUGGAGUGCUCUUAAGCGGUACAUAAUACGAGAAAGGCAGAGAAAAAAAGAAGAAUAUGAAGCAGAAGUUGCAGAGGAAAGACUACGUGAGGAACGUGAAGCCAGAGAAAGACAGGAUGUUAUGACACUUGAGGAAACAAAAGAACAGAUUGAACAGUUGGAACAGAAGCUAAAACAGCUGGAGAAGGAAAAACAGCAGCUGUUCAUGCAGCUCAAGAAAGUCCUCAAUGAAGAUGAAAUAAGGAAGAGACAGCAACAAAAAGAUGCAAAUGAGAUGCAAGGCAUGAAGAUGGCUAUGAGUAGCAUGCAAAUGCCCAUGAUGCAGAUGGGCAUGGGCGUUGGCGGAGCUUCCGGCGAGCCUCCUCCCGCUCCCUCCGCCUCAUCAACUUCGCGGCCUCCACCUCUCACUAGUCAUAUGCUUAACAAGCAAACAAUAGUCCGUGGACCAAUCCAAGGAGGCGUGAAGCGUCCACGCAGUCCUUCCCCGACAUACGCGCUAUACGCUCAUCGUAUACACCAACCAAUGAAUCAUAAGCCUGUCUAUUCUGAUCACAAGGUAGAAGACGGGCGAAUGGGUCGCGGCCCGAUGGCCCGCGCCGUGCUAUGGAACAAACCGUCGCAAUACGGAUCAAGUGUAGGCGCAUCAUCGGUGUCAUCACCGGCAUAUUACGCCAUGCCCACUAGUGGAGUAGUGGGCGUAGUGGGAGAACGUCCUCCACCACUGCUGUACGCUCACCACGCGCACACCCCGCACACCCCUCACACUCCUCAUCAUAACCUGAUGUAUGCUCCGGCGCCACAGCCGCAGCUGUAUUUGGACAUGCUGAAGAAUAGGGAUGGACAACAGCAUCAGGAGUCGAAGAAAGAACCUCAGCCACAAGUGCUGAUCGGGUUAAGCGAGCCUCACCAUCCAUCGGUGAGUAGCGGAGUGGUGUACGCGCAGCCGCCUGUCUCUCGACACAUCGCCAUACACACGCAGCACCCCAAUAUACAGUCAAAACCCGGCAGCAUCACACAAGGUUACCCUGUCCAGCAGUCGAACCCGAACGUGCAGAACCCGAACAUAUAUCCGAACAGACACCGAUAUUAGCUAGUAAUCAUACGCCGCCACCCGGCCAAGCCACCGUGACUACCGCUUCGGUAAUGCUUUAAGCACAUUUGAGAUACAACUUCCUGGGAGACUGGAAUAACGUCCAAAUUCAUUUAACGGUAUAUUUUUAUUACUCAAUAAUUGUCGAUUUGUGAACACAGUCGAUUCUAUAACAUCCGCACGCGGGUUUUAUCCUAAUCAAACAACCUAUCCCGUGUUCUAGUCUUUUCGUAUCAACUCAAUGGAGACAUUCCCCGCAAAUGGUAUCUAUCAACAGAUGGUGGUGUUGAAUUAUAUAGUACAAAAAACGUUCCUUAUAUAAAUUCAAAAUGUCAAAAUUCAAUACUAGUGUCACAUUACCAUUCCUGAGUUAACUAAUUAUUCGACCAUUGAUACUGCUGGUUACAACACAAAGAGGUGCAUAUGACAUUUUUGAGGCGUGUGUGGCUGUUUCUAUUGUUUUCGAUAUUAUUUGACUGAAAUAAAAUUUGGACUAAAAAAAGUAGAAUGUGCUACUAUUCAUGUGUAUACAAGGUUAUUUGUAAAAUACAACCUCACAGAACUGUAUUCCUAACAUCAUAAAUAACAACUUUUGUUUCAUGAUUUUUAUUAAUUCUUCAGAUUUACUUUCGUUAAAAAAAAUUAAGUAGAUCCCUAAACAGUGACAACUCUGUGCAGUAACAAAAGAAAGCCCUAGCGUAAAUACCAGUCCGAUGCAAAAACGCAGGAGCGGGAUUGGGGGUCAUCGUGGACGCUUGCCCGUUUCAAUUUACUACCUUACUACCCAAUACAGACCUGAAAAGUCUCAGAGAGUACAAAAAUAACUUAAAAGUUUAUUUUUGGUAUAUUCAUAAUAAUACUACUAUAGAAUAAUACUGAUAGAAUAACCAGGCUGAAUUGGCAGUGGGCUGGCCAUAUCUGUCGCAGAAACGAUAACCGAUGGGGGAAGCGAGUUCUUGAGUAGAGACCAUGGCUCGGCAAACGUAGUGUAGGACGCCCUAUGUCCAGAUGGAGUGACGAUU